UCCGUGCCCAUCUACACUCUCCCCAGAUGAGAAAGAUGAGCAAAUUUAUCCUUGUUAGGAUAGCCCUCCUGCUCUGUCUUGCCAACCAUUGCAUGGACAUGGCCACUGCUUGGGAUGACGGAGAUUUCUCCAGGUACUGUCCACCAUCCUGGUGCAGCCAAGAUGGACUAGAGAUCCGGUUCCCGCUCCAGCUUCAAUCUAGCAACGCAUCAUCACCAUCAUGCAGCGGUGGCACAACAUGCACGAAACUGGAGUGCUCUGACCAAGACACCAUCCUGCAUCACCCGUAUCUUGGCCCAUCCAAGGUAACCACAGUGGAUUACAAGCAUAGUUCGAUGAAGAUCAUCCCGUUCGCAGAGCGCUCCUCUGCAUGCCCAAUCCAGGAGCUAGCUCUACCAGCUUAUGUCGAGUCCAGCUGUGAAUUAUACCACUACGAUCCUGGAAAAUUGGUAGGCUGUUCAACGGAAUUACCAUGGAAAUCAUCUAGUUCUUUUUUCACUUAUGUAUAUUCGACAGCGUUCAUACUAAGUGAUGCUCAACUUCUCAACUCCUGUGAUGACUGCGGUCCUGUUGAUUUUGUUGCUGGCCCAAUUCCUUGCCUUAGCAACCCAGAACGCUUCACGUAUUUGAUGCAUGCUGGUUUAUCAAUGCUCCUCCUUCCACAGGGCUGCAAAACCAUCUCAAAUAGUGUAAUACCGAUACCCCGCAGAUCAUACGGGGAUCGUUCAACAUUCAAACAAAGGGCAGAAGCAAUCUUCAGUUCCUCUGAAAUCACAGUCAGCUGGAUUCAGUGGGGAAAUGGCAGAUCAGACAUUACCAGUAAUUGCAGAAAGUGUGAACUUUCAGGCCACUACUGUGCAUUAAGUUCACAAAGAAAUCAAACAUUCUGCAUGCCAAAACCCAAAGGUUCACGUGUCAAAGUUAUUGCAGUAACAUCAUCGGUAGCCUCCUUUAUAGUUCUUUCUCUAGUUGUGGCAACAGCGUUUUACCUUUCCCUGAAAUCAAAGUAUAAUAAAGAGGUACAUUUGAAGGUGGAAAUGUUUCUCCGGACAUAUGGAACAUCGAAACCCUCAAGGUAUUCAUUUUCUGAAGUUAAGAAGAUAACAAGACGGUUUAAGGAAAGAGUAGGUCAAGGUGCCUUUGGAAGUGUUUACAAAGGCAAGCUACCAAAUGGAGUGCCAGUGGCAGUGAAGACACUAGAAAACUCUAUAGGAGAAAGUGAGGAAUUCAUCAAUGAAGUUGCAACCAUUGGGAGAAUCCAUCAUGCAAACAUCGUACGCCUACUAGGAUUUUGCUCUGAAGGGACCAGAAGGGCCCUUAUUUAUGAAUUCAUGCCGAACAAGUCGUUGGAGAAAUACAUAUUUUUGUGUGGUCUUAAUACUUCUCAAGAGCUCCUAGUCCCUGAAAAAAUGCUAGAUAUUGCUAUAGGAAUCGCUAGAGGAAUGGAGUACCUACAUCAAGGAUGCAACCAGCGGAUCCUCCAUUUUGACAUCAAGCCUCACAGUAUCUUACUAGACUAUAACUUGAAUCCAAAGAUUUCAAACUUUGGCCUUGCAAAACUGUGCACAAGGGACCAAAGCAUUGUUACCUUGACCGCAGCAAGAGGCACAAUGGGUUAUAUUGCUCCAGAGAUAUAUUCUCCAAAUUUUGGUGGGAUAUCGUACAAGUCAGAUGUUUACAGUUUUGGUAUGUUGGUGCUAGAGAUGGUGAGUGGAAGGAGGAACUCAGACCAAAGUAUUGAGAACCAAAAUGAGGUCUACCUCCCACAGUGGAUCUAUGACAGAGUAGUCACAGGACAGGACUUGACACUUACUAGAGGAAAAACGGAAGAGGAUAAAGAAACAGUGAGGAAGCUGGCCAUUGUGGCACUGUGGUGCAUUCAGUGGAACCCCCAAAACAGGCCAUCAACGACAAAAGUGGUAAACAUGUUAACAGGAAGGUCGCAGAAUCUACAGAUGCCACCUAAACCGUUUGUGCAGUCUGAAAGCCACCCUAUGCCGUAAAACAUCAAGUCAUAUACUGCCACGGUUAAGUAAAUAUAUUUGGAGUUAUGUGUACUCCAUGUAUGAGCAGCUGAGCACAGUAAUGCCUAGCAAUAACAUGCAAUGUAUUUAAAUUAUACCGCUGUAUCAACCAUCCAAGUUGUCAGUCUUCAACAUGUAAUGGAGUAAAUAGUAACAUGUCACAUUGGAUGAUUGGAGUCAAUUCCAGUUUCAGGGUUGAUUUGCUGCAGUUAUCUGACAUUGCUGUUCGCGUGAUUUGUCUGCAGCCUUCAAUUUUGUGUGCCACUUCUCCCUGAACGGCUGAACAUCCAGUAAGGUGUUUUUAUCGCCCCCUUUUCAUGAGUCAGGGGCUCAGGGCUCAGUAUUUAGUCAAAAUGUGACAAGAGCAUCACCAUGUAGGGCAAUCGAAGCGUGCGUGCUUAUUCCCCACACCCAGGCCACUCAAAUUGCACAAUGCGAGAGGACGCAUUCACAUGGGUUCGCACAAUUUUUGUGAAUUUCGCAACGCAGAAGAUAAAUUGCAAGGGUUUACCUCUGUCACUGCCGAGCGGGAGGCGGAUCCGGAGCGGAUCCGGAGCGCAGCACGAGCUGCCGCAGGAGGCCCUCACCGGAGCGGAGGGCGGCGGCAAAGGAGGCGGUGGUGCGCGCACGACGUAAGACGUGCGAGAGACAUCCUAACAUCCUAACCAGUAACCACCGCCACCGACAAGCUAGGUACGGAGCUUGCUACAUUUGGUCGGCCGGUGGCUACGGUCAGCGGCGAGCGGCGGCGCGGCGGCGGCCCGAGGCGGCCGCGCGCGCUUGGUGCCGGCGAGCGCGAGGAAAUGCCAGCACAUGGCCCAUGGGCCUUGCUCGGCUUAGGGA